GUCGGGCUAAAGCAAACUAAAACAAACAGAGUUAAGUCAACAAGUUGCAAAACAGAACAAACACAGACGUUUUUCACUCUUGAUCAAGUUGCAUAAUGUGAUGUGUCAUGCCUUCCUGGGAAAGGCAAGCAUGUCAGAGAAAAACUUUAGCUGCAUGUUCCAUUACUUCUCCACUUCUUUUGGUGGGUCUACUGAUGUUUGUGGUCAUACAUCUGACAUUCAGCUGGCAGGAUGUUGGUGGAGAGUCAUUACAGGAUCUGAACUCUGACCUGAAUGACAUCAUGUAUGAUGAUUGCAGAUCCCCAGCUGUGGUUUUGACUGAUAAAUCCACAAUCCAGAUGUUGGAUACCAGCACAAACUUCAGUCAAGCCUGGAGCAACGCAGAGCAAAAAGCUAGAGAGCCUGCACACAACUACAUGGAGAAACAUCAUUCGAUCGCCAUAUACAUGUACACAAAUAUCAUGCAGCAACCCAUGAAACAAGAGCUUGAGUCUGUGGAAAGAACUAGAAAACAACUUAGUGUGGCGUUUGAGACCAGCUCCCUUUAUUUUUCCCUAAGUGAAGCCAUUCAGAUUCUGAAGCACAGUCAGGUGACAUGUCUUACUACAAAUUACAGAACAGAGACACUUUUUAAACUGAACACCUCAGACAAACUGAUCCGGUUCAGCACCUUCAUAUUAGGUUCUGAUGGAUGGGACUUCACGAGGAACGCUUCAUGUUUUGAGGUAAACACGUGUUUUGGUGCUGACAUAACACAUUAUUCAGCCUUAAAACAAAACAACCAGGUGCUGAUUCCUCCCUAUGAGGUUUUCACCGUCACUGACCUCAAGACAGAUGCACAGAGGUGUAAAGUCAUGUACAGGCUGAAGAGCAAUCUAAACUGCGUUUAUGAUAGAGACAGCAAUACAUUACAUCCGAUAUCUGCAUUACCAGUGGAUGGACUUUUCCUCGUUUUUACCAUCACUUGUAUCAUUAUUUUAUCUCUUUUCUUACCGUUUUUCAUUGUGAAGAUGUUAGAAAACCAUAGGAAUACUGUUGAUAGUGUUUCCUCUUUGCAUAACAGCACUUAAUCUCCAAGUAGAUGGAUAGAUAGACAGACAGAUAGAUAGAUAGAUAGAUAGAUAGAUAGAUAGAUAGAUAGAUAGAUAGAUAGAUAGAUAGAUAGAUACUUUAUUGAUCCCGAGGGAAAUUCAAGAAAUUCAAGAGUAGAGCUGUUAUUUAAAAUCAUGGUUUAAUUUUAAAUAGAGGUUGAGAUCUGCAGUGUCCUGAUGCUUCUAAAUCUAAAAUCUUCAUGUAUAGAAUAAGAGGAACAUAUGCUGCAGAUUUCAGCCUUACUUGCUGUGCUGUAAUAAAGUGCAUUUUUCAUACAUGCUGAAAGUUUUGAGCCUGUGGAAAUUCACCUAGCAGCAAUGUUGGGUAUGGUCUGAAGAAUACAAUACAAAGUGUGGAAAAGUCUUCUACAAGGAACAAAAAUACAUAAUUUUUACAGUGAUUAUAACUGAAACUGAUACUGAGAAACUGGAAGAACUGUGCUGCAUAUGUAGAAACAUCCCUGGAACAUACCUGAAUGCAUAAGUAAUACUGGCAGUUAAGCAAAAGGCCUUUUUCGCCAGUCAAAACAUUGUUCAGAAUAAUUAUAAUUUGUAUUGAGAGAAUAUGUGAUUGUUGGAUUACUCACAAAGUAUAAUUUAAUCUGACUGCAUCUAGUCCAUAAGGCCAGGAAUUGUCAUAAAGUCUAUGACAAUACUGUGUUACAUGUAAGAUAGAAAACUAAAAAAGAAUCAUGUGUUCCAUCAAUUUCAUGCAUAGAAAUUGAACAGUUGGAGUAGUCAGUAUUAUUUGGUACAAAUUAAAUGCAAAUCAUGAUGGAUAACAGAGUCAUUCUAAAAUGAAACGUGUUUAAAUUAGGGCUGGGACUGUGUUAACGUGUUAACACAUUAUGGCCGGGCAAGUCAGCGCAUUAAUUAUUGCGUUAACGUGAUAAUUAGUUAACACUGACAAUUAUUAUUUUUUAUUUUAUUGCCCAUUAAAGCUGUUUUUUUUAGUGAGCAAGUACGAAAACAGUUAAAUAAAUUACCCAAAUUUUCAAAUCAUGAGUAGACUUGGCAACUCUGAAACUCAGUUUGUGGCUCUCUCCAUUUCAUUUUGGCUGAUGUUUGGUUUGUGUUGUUACACCACAGAACAUUGCACCCACACAUUUCUCCCCUCAUUCAUUCACCUACAUGCCUAGUCAUGAGUUAAAACAUAAUUUAACAUGAAUAUUGGGCUUCCAUCAGGACGCUCACCCAAAUUCUGGCACAUUUCACUGUGUAGUGAUAACUGAGGAAUGUUGCUGUACAAGUUAAUCUUACACACACAUUCUUCUCUGAAAUUUCACAAUCACUUGUUGCUGUAAUGGCACAUGGUUGAAAAAUUCAGCCUGUUUAAAAUGUCAGCAAUGAGUGAGGAGUUGAAAGAACAGUAUGUGAGCUACUUAAAGGCUCAAACAGGAGAAAGUUUAUCUUUUUAAAUGUGUUGUUUUAGCUUGUGGACAGUGACUCACACAUUAAAGUAUCAGACAAAGCUUAGUCACAAAAUAUGCCGCUGAGCAGGAUUUUGAAUGUUGACAUUGGAAGUUGACCUGCAAUCCUCCAGAGGUGAUACUGUGUAAAUGUAUGGGACAAAGGUCUCUGUUAUCUCUUUGGGAUUGGAGAUGAGUUGUACUCAUAUUAUACGCACACAGAAUUGACAGUUACUUACCAUCAUGAGAAGAAUAUAAGAGAAGAAGAACAGUGUUCUCACUCCCAGCUUGUUAAAUACCGCUGUGUUGUCAUGUCCUUUGCCUCAUCCAGACACAGAAGAAGGUUAAGUGGCAGCCUCACACCACUUCUAGCCAGGAAAUUGUCAUUUGUGUCCCAUGUGAAACCUAACGUAAAUGAUUUUCUCCUAAAACUAACCAAGUAGUUUUUGUGUCUGAACUGAAUCAAAGUCCCAUUUCAUGUUAACCACGUUAGAAAGGCUUUGUGCCAGCAAGGUGUUAGGCGUCGCACACAGAUGAAUAAGGCUACCUCGCAUGUCUGGUUGACAAAGGAGUGUCAUCUGACAACCUGGGUUGUAUUGAGUGAGGUGUAGGGUCAGCAGUGCUGUCAUUUUUUUGAGUAGUAACAACAAGACCAAUGUCAAUAAACAAAGGUAUCUUAUUUUAUUAAAACUUUAUCUCUCUUGGACUACCAUGGUGCAAGAGAUGAAUUCUAUCGUCCCUCUGAAUUAUUGCCAAGGUAUUCAUGGAUCACAUGGAUCCUUAUCACCCACUCAAGGCUGCUCUCAUUUGUAAAUAGCCAUGUUACAAGGGAGCACCUUGGGAGAGUCCAGAGGGGGGAAAUGUACAGUAUGUCUCAACUGGGGAGGGUCUGUGUGUGUGUCAUAGAUGUCAAAUGGUGCAGUGCUGUGUGUGUAUUUGUGCAUAAGGUUGCAUGACAGGUAUUCAACCAGCAUGACCGACUUGAAGUUAUUUAUUUUCUAUACAUAAAAUAUUCUGUCCAAACUUAAAUAAAAUCACUAGUACUGUAUGCACACCCUUCAUUUCAGUGAUCUUCUCUAGUUUGUUACCAUUGUGCCCUCACAGAGACGUUGAGUAUACCAAAGCCAUGCUUAACGACCUGUGCUACAGCAGGG